AUGUCCAACCCAAAAAUAACCCCCAAAAACCUCUCCUACGACAAUACACUCCCCCCCUUCCUCCAACGCCUCCAAGCCAACCACUCCUCCUCAGACGGACGCCACGAAUUCAGCAUCGCGCGCCCUUCAAAGCUACGCGACGAAGAAGAAGAGCGAGAGAGUGAACCUGUGGUUUUUGACGAGGUGAGCGGAGAGACGUUGAGUCGAGAGGAAUGGGAACGACGGGAGAAGACGCGGGAAGAGCGGGAUGGGGGAGAGGGGGGAGAUGGAGAAGGAGAAGGGAAAGAGGGAGGUGAGGGGGAAGGAAAGGGAAACGGAAAGACGGAGAUUGAAACGGCAAAAAUGGCGGGAAUAGGAGCGAGUAAGAAGAGGAAAAUGGGGAAGAUCAUUGGGGGGCUCGAGGAUGAGGAUGCGUAUGGGAAUGAAGAGAUAAGCACAAGCACAAGCACAAGCACAAGCAAUAAUAAAACCCCAAAUCGAAAAGAUAUUGGGAAACAGAAGAAGGAAGAGAGUAGUAAAGCCGGGGCUACGGGAAAGAAAAACUCUAAAACCGCUGCGAAGAAGGGGAAGAAGAUCAAGUUGAGUUUUGGGGAUGACGAGUAA